AUGUCAAGUGGGGACGAAAGUUGUGAUGAAGUUACUGCUGUUAACACAAAUAUGACAUCACCAAAUAUUUUGAAGAGGAAAAAUGAAGAUUGUAAUGAAGAAGAGCUGGAAGCAGAAAUCAAAAGAGUAGCUCUGGAUGAUGACGAAGAUGUAGAAGAAUUGCAGAAUAUUAUACAUAAUAAUGAAGGUAAAGUGCUAUACGCUAAUAGUUCAAAUACCACUUCCGAUUCCAAUGUAUCAAAAAUCAGUAAUCAAUCUUUGCAAGAAAGUAAUAUCGAACUAGGAACAUGUGAUAGAUCUGUUUACUUGAGAAUGCUAUGUUUGGUUAAGGAGGCUUCUUUGGUAGUUGGCCAUAAAGGUGAGAGAAUCUCUAAGAUUAAAAAUGUUACAUCAACUAGAAUUAACGUAUCAGAAAAUAGUAGGGAUAUCCCUGAAAGAGUGAUACAUAUUAGAGGUUCCCCACAGAAUGUCUCAAAAGCUUUUGCACUGAUUGUAAGAUCCAUUACAAAUAGCAAACAUGCAAAAGCUAGUAACGACCCUUACAAUAAUGGCGAUAAUGAUGAUUUUAUGACAACCAAAAAUUCUAUACCCAUAACGAUAAAUUUGUUGAUCCCUCAUUUCUUAAUGGGUUAUAUUAUAGGUAAACAUGGUUCAAAGUUGCAUGAAAUCGAAGAACUAAGUGCAGCAAAAUUGUCCGCUUCUCCACAGCAAUUAUUAUCUUCUAAUGACAGAAUACUGACAAUUACUGGUAUUGAAGAUUCAAUCCAAACUGCGGUUUUCCAUAUUUGCAAAACCAUUUCAUCAAAUAUAAAUGAGACACAAAGAAAUAAUAGACGUCCAAUUUUUUAUCAGCCAAAUCCGAUGUAUUCUGUAUUAUUGAACAAUUAUCCAAAUAUGACAUUGAAUUUUGCCCAUCAACAGCAUCACCAAUAUCACCCAACUGAUAAAUACCCAACAAAUCGUGGUAAAAAGAGAGUACCGCAACUGAGGGCCUCUAUGUUGGUAGCUGUUCCUCAGCCAAUAUCCAAUAUAUCAGGUGUUCCUCAGCAUAACAAUGCUGGUGCUGAUUUAAUGACAAAUACACCGAUAAUAUACACUACUGCAAAUGUAGCUAAUGCACCAUCAUUUACUCCAAAUUAUGGGAUUCCAAGUGUAAGAGUGAUAGAAUCCAAAUCAUCAAACUUGCAACAGACUCCACUUGCAAUGGUAACUCAAGAGAUUUAUAUCGAUGAGAGUUUUGUUGGAAAUGUAAUAGGUAAAGAUGGUAAACAUAUUAAUUCUAUCAAAUCUUCAACUGGCUGUUCUAUAUUCAUCGAUAAUCCUGUGAGUGGAGCUUUAGAGAGAAAAUUAACUAUCAGGGGCACUUCAAUGGCUUCACAAGCUGCAAUCAUGUUAAUAAGCAAUAAAAUAGAAACAGAUAAAAUGAACAAGAAAAAACGUAGGGAAUAA